AUGCAUCUGCGUGCCCCUAGCGUUCCUCUCAGAUGGUUCGUCAAGUACAUCGUAGAAUGUGAAUACGCACGGGCAAUCCAGAAAGGAGUCUUCGUCACCCAUGCGGCUACCACGGUGAAGCAUAUGUGCUUCUUACUCGACUAUAUGUACCAGAAUGGCUAUCUUGCCGAAGACGAGCGCGAGAGCGCGCUGGAAGACGUGCUGUACGCGCAGCAUCUUCUGCGAACCGUCCGGGCAUACAUGACGCUCUACACGCUCUUCAGAAGCGCUUUUGUUGAUCCGAAAACCAAUACCGUGCGCUUGGGCCCGCGUAGAUGGUAUGUGCAGGUGCUCGUCCAUGAUGUGCGAGCAGACUGCCUGAUCGUUGGGCGGACGGGGAAUCCGGAAGAGUAUGAUGAUGUGGUGGAUGGUGAAGCACUCCCGCGGGAUCCGCUUAAGAUAUGCAUCCCGAAGGCGGCCAGCAUCCUCAUUCAGCCCACGGAUACCAUUCGCGCUGAUCUAUAUCGCAUCGACGACGAACACUUUGUCUUUGGAAACAUCACGUCCAUUGAGCCUUUUGAUAUUGACCACAAGCCCCCCGCCUUCUACAUCAUCGACAGACCCACGCUCACCACCUUCGCCGCUCCUCUCUCCGAUCCCUUGCGAGCGCGCACGCUCGACCCCGCUUUCCUCGUCGGUCCCGAUAGCAGGGCGUAUACGGUACCGGAGAGCAUCAUUCCCACUCGCGACACCUCCGAAAUCAUCCAUAUUGACGACCUCACCCAUAAUGGCCCUACCGGAGGCAGUCUAGCGCUCGCCCGCACCCCCUGGACCCCCUCUGCGAACAGCCGUUCAAGCCCGCCCACCCGCUUCGGCGACGGGACCACCUCCCGCGCGCCCUUCACCACCAACUACGAUGCCUACGAGCUUCAACUGGCCCCGGACGAAGUCCUCGACCACCACCACGCCGCACUCGCCCCGCGCUUCUACGUCUAUGGCCCCGACGGCCUCCCGCGGCACCACAUGCGCCACAACGAUGCGCCCAAGAACGACGAGUCGGGAUCGAAGAACAGCGAGGCCGACACCAUCCUCCCGCACGCCGACGUGACGUACCAGCGGCUGCGCGCACGCCUCCUCGCCCGUGCGAGCCCGUUCAGCACGCCCGCGCGCAUCGUGUAUCCCAAGGGCGUCAGCAUCAAGCUGCCGGGGCCCGACUACGACGUCGCGCGCAUGGCCGGGCUUAUGGGCGAAGCGGGCUCGGAAGGGCACGACUUGAACGGGUGGGGGACCGGCAGUGUAUCUAGCGAACGGGCUUCCGCCUCGUCUGGCAUCCUGCCCAAUGGGGCACCCCUUCCUCAGGACCACAUCGCUCGCAUCGUCUUCAACAUGGCGCCCUUCAACGAGACCUGGUAUAAGGCUCGGGAGUCCAUCUUCGAAGACAUUCCUGAGAAUUAUGCCAAAUUCGUGCAGCACUGGAGGACGUGA